AUGGCUUCAAGAAGUGCUAUUUCCAUCUCAAACUCUCAUUCUCUCACAAACAAACCAAAAUCACAUACAUGCUUGUGCUCUCCUACCACACAUCCUGGUUCCUUUAGAUGCAGCAUGCACAAGAACAAGCCUCAAAGAUCCCUUCCUAACAGCCCCUUCAAAUCCAAUAGGAGGAAUGAAUCAUCAUCAUCGUCAUCGUUGUCGUCGUCGCCAUCCAUGGUUGUUAAAGCUAAUUCUUUGAAGACAUUUCUCUUGCAAGUUAUUAAGCCUUCUAGCCUUGAUGUUCAUAGGAGGAAGAAUUUUCAGCCUAAGCCUACUCGGUUUUGUUUGAUGAAUACUAAUACAAAUGUUGUUGCUGUUUCUUGA